CUUCCGGCUUCCGGCGGAGCCCAGGGUCUUCGCGAAUCGCCGUCAUGGCAGCGGAGGAGAAGGACCCUCUGAGCUAUUUCGCAGCUUACGGGAGCAGCAGCUCAGGCUCCUCGGAUGAGGAGGAUAACAGCGAGCCGGAGGAAACGAAUCGCAGAGCUCCGGAUCCGGCAAAGUCGGCGGGCGUAUGUGGGAACAAGACGGAAAAGCGGCUGCCUGGGCCCGACGAACUGUUCCGGAGCGUGACUCGUCCGGCCUUUCUCUAUAAUCCGCUCAACAAACAGAUAGACUGGGAGAGACACGUCGUAAAGGCGCCUGAGGAGCCGCCAAAGGAAUUCAAAGUCUGGAAGUCAAACUAUGUUCCACCUCCAGAGACGUACACUACUGAGAAGAAACCUCCUCCUCCAGAGCUGGAUAUGGCAAUAAAAUGGUCUAACAUAUAUGAGGACAAUGGUGAUGAUGCCCCACAGAACGUUAAGAAAGCUAGGCUUCUCCCAGAAGGGGAGGAGACGGUGGAAUCAGAUGAAGAAAAAGAUGAGCAUACUUCUAAAAAGCGCAGAGUAGAACCAGGAGAACCAACAAAGAAGAAAAAAUAGGAAACAACAAAUAACAAGAAAUUUCGGACUACAAAUCUCAUCAGAAUGGUUUUUUGGCAGAUAAGUUGAUACUGUAAAUUAUUAUGAAACAUCAUCUUCAUGAAAGUACAUGGAUAAACUAAUAAGUAUUACUGCAGGAACUUUCCACUGUAGAAUUCACUUUUUAUUUAAAAUUUGUAUGUAUUUAAAACUCAAAUGGUGACUUGUGAUUGUGAAGUUGACAACACUUGGAAGCAUUCUUGCUGUCACAAAGUUGGUGGCAUGCUUUGAGAGUUCUGUCACAUGUUGACAUGCCAGUGUUCUAGGAACCUUUUAUAAAGGAAUAUAUUUUUAAAGUAAAUAUAUUGUAUCAUACUGUGAACUUGUAGGGUGCUCUUCAACAUUGUUUGUACAGUGUAAAUAGAUCAUGGAAAUAAAAGUACUUAUUCAAUAUUACUAUUACCACAUAACAUUAACAUUUGAAUAUCUGUGACAAAUUCCCUGUUUGCCAUGUGAUGUUAAUAGUAGGUGUUAGCAUUUAGGGAGUGCUUCCUGUGUUCCAGGUGCUUCGUGCGUACUUAUCUGUGACCCACAAGCAGCCUAGUAAAGCAUGUAUUAGUAGCCUUGUUUUAUAAUGAAGAGUGGUUAAUUUAUGCAGGGUUACACGGCUAGUGAGCAGUGAAUUUGGUUUUCAACUCAUGAUACUUGAACUCUAAAAUUGUUACACUAUACCACCUGUCCGCCAAUCAAAAUUUAGGAACUGCAAUUGGCAGCUCUUCCAGGUACUCCUUCGUGGUAGUUACUAGAGAUCCUCUCCUCAGGUGGUUGUGUUACUGCACUUAUCAUACACAUACACCUUAUAUUAUGAAAAUUUGUCAGUUUCCCUGUUAAAUAAUAAGUUUGCUGAAGAUGAGAAUCUUGCACAAAGAGUUGCCAGAUGUCUCAAAUAAAAAUACAGGACAUGCAGUUAAAUUUGAAUUUUAGAUAAGCAUUAAAUAAUGUUUUAAUAUAGGUAAUAUUUAGGACCUAUUUAUACUAAAAAUGUAUCAGAAAUUCAAAUUUAACUGGGCAUCUGAUAUAUGUAUCUGCCAAGCCUGCUUCUGUGUGUUUGCUACCCAGCUCCAAUUUUAAUGCUUUGCAUAUAGUAAUAAUCAAGAAAAUCAACAAAGUUGUAGUCAGGAAGAUAAUAUGUGAUUUGACAUCUACAGUCCAAAAUUCAGUGCUGCUAUUUGUGAUGUUUUGAACAAUAAAAAGAAAUACACUACAUCAUCAGUCUUUCCAUGAUCAUUAUGCCUCGAAGAAACAAGUGUUAAUUACAGGACACUGUGCAUUUAGUGUGUGAGAAAAAGACUUUAGUUUUUGAGUUUUAAAAAUUCCCCAGUCCAGGUAAGGGGAAAAAAGAAGAAAAAGAAAUUCCCCAGUCCAGUUGUUUUCCCCCAUACUGGAAGCCACAUUUGAAAAACUGUACAAUUUGUUGUACAGUUGUACAACAUGGGAACAUGAUCAAGUAUAUUAAAAUUUGUAAGUCAUUAAAAAAUAUGCCAGCCAUGAUGUUUUGUGGAAUAAGGAAGGAACACAACAAUAUGAUGGUUGCUAAUAUAUCUCAAAAUUACAAAGACCAGUUUUACAGCUGCUUAUCUUCUAGGUUUACAAAUGUAUGAAUCCCCAAGCUGAAGAAAUUGAUAAAGCAAGAAACUUUGUUUAAGGUUGAAGUCUUUGUAUGUGAGUAAUUUUGAGGACUAUCCUAUUAUAUAUUGAGGAGUGUCAUCAACUGGUAACGCAUAACCCCAGUGUGACACCGAAUUAAAUUAACAGGUGGAAUAAUUAUGAGGCGAAAUCCAUAGUCUGUAGUCACGUAUUAGUGGAGCAGAUAUCUCAGAAGGUACUGAAAUGUUACAAGGUGAAAAAAUUAGAAUGAAAGCAAACCAUAACCCCACAAGAAAAGCCCAGCAAGCCACUGUCUGGAAAUCUUUUUAACCUCUGCUCAACUCACAACCCAUUAGUUUAAGACAGAGAAGCAAAGGUCACUACAUCAGUCCCCAGUGGUGCUUUGAGCCUCCUUUCUAGAAGGUAACAGAGUGGAGGGGAAGCAUACUUUUUUUUGGAGGGGUUACAUGUUCUGAUGUUUUACUCAGGACAGGUAGUGGCUACACUUGUGAGACUAUUAAGCAACUGCUAGGAGUUGUGCACCUGUGAAAUACAGGUCAGGCUAGUUCUAAUUUGGGAGGGGGAAGUGAGGGUUUAAGGAAGGAGGCUAAAUAUUUUGGAGCAGUCUCAGCCAUUUGUAUCUUGAGUUCUUUUCAAAAUAUGGCCAAUUAAUGGAAAAAAAUUAAUUUGUCUAUGUAUUGCUUCACCUUGCACAGAAACAUCUCUGGAAAGUGGACUAUGUCACUUUCUACAUUUGUCACCAUAUUAGAGAAUGGAUUCUUUUCCCCUUCACAGGUUUCUUGGGAACAUGUUUGUUUAGCUGUCCAUGUGGGUACUGAGGUAAGGGACUGUUUGGUUCAGCUAGUGGAAAUCAAGUAAAGCAUCUUACAAAAAUCCAUAUAGAUGAGGAAAAUCCUCUUAUCCAAUUGCUUGUUAGAGAAUCAAAUCACUUAGUAUUUCUGAUUAUUUCCUCAUCUCUACGAUAAGGAAGUUGUGUCAGUCAUGAAGGACUUUCUUUUGUACAAGGAUAAAAUUAGAGAAAAUUUUUCUGAGAAAAUAAGCAAUUAAGUAUAAAUAGCCUUAUAGGGUUUUAUGGAAAACAUUCUAAUUGGAAUCAAAGAGCAUUAUUGAGAAAAUUGACACUGCUUUUUAGCCAUUAAAAUACUAAUACUGACUUAUUUGCAAACUUGAAACUUACUGAUUUUAAUGUAUGAUGCUUUUGAGUUCACAGAGCUCAGUCCCAUAGUAUUUUUUAAAAAUGGAAUGAGGUAAGUUUUAAUCAUUUCCAAAUGAGAGAAUGGAUAAUUAAAAUAUGAAUGACUAGCACAGGUUUGGACAUGACCUACAUAUAAAAAAACAUGUUGUCACAUGAUUAAGUUAAAUACAAGCCCUACCAGAGAUACUUGACACGUGGUUAUUUUUACAGGUAUCUGAAUGACCUUAGCAACUCAAUUCAAUAAAUCGAAACUGACCAAUUUAAAUCGACAAUUGGACUUGAAGGUGUAUUAUUGGUGGUAUUUUGGAUUUUAGAGUCUUGUAUCCAUACAGAACUGCUCCUGUUUUAACCCUCCGGGAUCACUUAGUACAGAAGUUCCAAACAGUCCUACAAAGAGGUGUUAAGUUCCCAGCAAAUGUUUUGGACUCCAUUAAAUUUCAAAGUUUUCUCUCUUAAUCUCUUUCCACUUAGCUUUCCCAAUUUGAAACAUUGUAUUUGCAUUUUAAUGUGGGGUGGGUGGGGAGAGGAGCUAUCAAGAAACAUUUGUAUGUAUGGCCCCCGGAGGUGGGGCUUUUUGCCUGCAUUGUUCAUUGACAAGAACAAUGCCUGGCACAUAGUAGGCACUCAAAAUGACUGCUGUGUGCAUGGUAAGCUGAAUUCUUCACCCCCGGCUUAGGGGUGAUCCAAUAGAGGUUUGUGUUUUCAGUUACAUGGGCCAAUAAAUCUUGACAGUUUAAACCA